AUCGUGACAUCUAAACACCAUACCAUCUUACCUAUACAAACCCCCCAACAACCAACCCUCCACCCAAACACCAACACCAACACCAACACCACCAACAUCAAGAAUACACAACCAUCAAAAUGCCCUCCCUCCUCACAACCCUCAAAUCCACCCUCCCCCUCCCCAUCCCCCAAUCCUGGCUCCAAUCCCCAUCCCGCACAACAAUAACACUAACCACCCUAACAACCCUCCUCCUCCCCCUCCUCUACAAGAACUACAGAACCUACCUAUCCUACGGGCCCGGCGGCGCCCCAUACAACCUCCUAGGCUGGUUCGGGGUGACAUUCCUCCUCUACCCAUUCGGACGCAAUAUGACCAGCACAACCAUCUACGAGAAAAAGAUCGCGAACGGCGAGACGCAAUCAUACCUCUCCGAAGACACGGUAGAUCUGCUAAACGCUUUGAAGAGGGAGAAGAGACCCGCUGUCGGACCGCAUUAUGUGCCGCAGCGCCAGGUGGAGGAGUUUGCGGGGGAGGAGGUGAAGAUGUACCUCGACUCACAAUUCUACGCCCUCGCGGAACAAAACCCGCAAUUAGUGAAAGUCGCCGAUUCGCGAUUGGAAACGCAUGCGGGUGCGAUAUUCCUGGCGACGGAGGAAUUGGCUAAUAGGAAUGGAACGACGAGGAAAUUGAAUGGCGAGUGUGUGCAUGUCCAUCGCUUGAAGGAUUAUUCGUUUCAUAUGGUUUUGGCCCCUGCCGAUUGUAAGAAAGUUUUCGAUGCUGGCUGGGGUCAGAGACAUGGCUUCAGUGGUGUGAAGAUCCCCAGGGCUUUGAUGGGCGGGAAAUUGAUCCAAUUGCCAUCUGAGUAUGUGUUGAUCUAUGCGCCGAGGACGAAGGAGGAGGUUGCUUUGGUGCUGGGUCUUAUGAAGGCCAGUCUGAGGUAUUUGACUGGCGAGGAGAUGAAGUGAAGAAAGCAUAUUACGAAGGAAAGGAAGUACUCGGCAAGGUCGGGUGUGUUACGUAUAGCAUGACCCAUUGUAUAAUACGCUAGUCAAAUUUUGUACGCUAAAAAAAAGAAGAAAGCGCCCCUCUCUC